GAGUAAUACCGAUGUCAUUUAGUGACGUCAUGCCCAAGCAGAAGAGAUAAAGCAGUAAAAAAACUGAAACUGUGUUUUCUAUUAUAUUGAUAUUUGUGCAUUACAAUCUUAAAGCUUUAAAAAUGUCUUAUGCAUACCUUUUCAAGUAUAUCAUUAUUGGAGAUACAGGUGUUGGAAAAUCUUGCCUUCUAUUGCAAUUCACAGACAAAAGAUUUCAACCAGUUCAUGAUUUAACAAUAGGAGUAGAAUUUGGUGCCCGUAUGAUUACUAUUGACUGUAAACAAAUAAAAUUGCAAAUUUGGGAUACGGCUGGACAAGAAGCAUUCCGUUCUAUUACACGGUCUUAUUAUCGUGGUGCAGCAGGAGCAUUAUUGGUAUAUGACAUUACACGCAGAGAAACGUUUAAUCAUCUUACAACGUGGCUGGAAGAUGCUAGGCAACAUUCGAAUUCAAAUAUGGUGAUCAUGUUAAUUGGUAAUAAAAGUGAUCUUGAUUCACGAAGAGAAGUAAAAAGGGAAGAAGGAGAAGCAUUUGCCAGAGAACAUGGACUUGUUUUCAUGGAAACAAGUGCAAAGACAGCAGCAAAUGUUGAAGAAGCAUUCAUUAACACAGCAAAAGAAAUAUAUGAAAAAAUACAGGAGGGUGUAUUUGAUAUCAAUAAUGAGGCAAAUGGCAUUAAAAUUGGACCACAACAUUCUCCAACAAGUCCUAGUGGAUUAGCAGGUACCGGAGGACAAGGAAAUGCACAGGGCGGUGGGUGCUGCUAGGGGCUGGGGGUUGCCUGCCCACCGCUACAUCCUUCUCCGAUCUGAAUCGAUCCUUUUACUCCUGCUCCUCGUUUUAAUCUCAACCACCGACUUUGUACAUUUAAUUUUGCGCGCGUCGCAUCUUGAGGUAACGAGUGACACAAUUGGUGUAUUUAUUAUUUAAAAAAUAUUAUAUACAUGAUGAUAGGAGUAUUAUAUGGCAAAAGUGUUAUACGUCAUUAGAAUCAUAAAAUAUAAUAAAAUCUUGAUUUACAGAUCAUCAUGUCAGUUUGUAUCAUCUCAAUAUUAUUUAGUAUAUUCUGUAUGUGUGUUGUUAUAUAUAUGAGAUAUAUACGUAUAUAUAAAUGCAUACAAUUCUUAUUUUUAGAUUUACAUAACAUCAUUUUUUAUUUUUAUUGUUAUUUAAAAGUUUAUGUAACACUUUAAUGAAGUUCCCUCUCUCAAAGUUAUGUAUGUAUUUUAUUUAUGCCAAUAAUAUUUUGAUCUUUUUUAUUAUUGAGGAAUGAAAACAUCUAUAUCACUAAAUUUAUAGUAUUAUCACUUUAUGCUUAUCGCUAUAUAAUGCGAUAUACUUCUAUCUGUAAAAUAUGGGAAUUAAAUAUAUUUGUCAUGUUGAGAUAUUGGACAUAUUAUUGAAGAUGUAAAUGUCUCUAUCAUUGAUGAGUAAAGGAGGAUGGCAAGGCGGAAGGGAUAGGCAUUUCUAUUCCAUACUUAACAUUUAUUUACUGUCAUGUAAUAUAUGUGAUGUGCUUUAAUAUUAAAAAUUUAAUUUACUUAAUCGUAUAUCGUGGAUUGGAAUAACCAAGUUUAAUUGGCUUUGAACGGAAAUACAAAAUUACACUUGGCUACCUAAGGCGACACUAUGUAUACGUAUGUAUUGAUGUAUAAGAUGACGAAUAUAUAACAUAUGUAAUCAAUUACAUCAAGAGGCCUAUGUAACCAAAUUUAUAUUCUAUGUAAUGAUUACACAAAACCUCACUAUUUAUAUUGUUGUGGUUGGUAUCAUUACUUAUGAUACAUUUUUAAAAGUCAAUGAUUAACGAUAUAGUAACAGUGAAUUUAAAUUUUUCAGCGUUUUUUUUUUUUUUUUUUUGACUGGAGAACAUUUGUAGUACCAUACAAUUUAAAGAGUCAAGUGCAUAGUGUGCAUUCUUAAUUCUUAACCAAAGAUAUUGAUUUAGAUAUGUGAUGGCAUAAUAGUUCUAAAUGUAUCCUAUUUGAACAAGGUCCAAAAAGUAUCAUAAUGUACAUUAUUAUUUCUAUUGAUGUAUGAAUAUUUAAUUAUACAAGGACACAAAGGAUUAAUUAUAUGUAAAAUGCGUAGAUGUGCAUUAACAGAAAAUAUAGUCUUUUAUUGCAUUAUAUUUAUGGAAUAUUAGUUAGCUCUCUGAUGUUGAUAUCAUAAUAUUAGUUGAAUAUUUCUUAAUAAAAAGGAUAAAGGGAUACUAAA